AUGAUCGUGCUGGGCUGGAUGCUUUUUGUUGGCCUUGCGUCCUACAUGGGCACAUUUCCAGAGGUGAUGCCUCCAACUCUAAAGUGGAAAGAGAGGUUGCCUAGUCGGGAGAACAAGGCACGAAGAAGGAUCCAAGUUUUGGAGGAGGAGCUGCUGCUAUGA